UCGAAUAUUACCGCGGCGCCGCGACGCCUCGCGGCAGUGAGUCAGGUCGGUGCGACGAGAGGCACAGUUUCUCGGCGGCUUCCCACCGUGUAUAUAUACAUAUAUAUUUCUUUUUUUUCGUUCAAAUCCCCGUUUCCGGACGCGACUGAACCUCGCGCGACUCCCCCGGUCGAGCGUACGCCUCUUAAGUAGAGUAAAAAAAAAAGUAAAAUAAAAGAAAGACAGUCGAAUCUUACGCGCCACCACCAUGGUAUGUUCUAUCGAUGAUAUUGCUGACGAACUGCCGCCGGAACAAAUUGCCGUUCUGCGCAAAGCUUUCGAUAGCUUCGACAGCGGUAAGACCGGCAGCAUUCCCACUGACAUGGUGGCCGACAUCCUUCGGUUAAUGGGGCAACCGUUCAACAAGAAAAUCUUGGACGAGCUCAUCGAUGAGGUCGACGCCGAUAAAUCUGGGCGGCUCGAGUUUGACGAAUUCAUCACGUUGGCGGCGAAAUUCAUCGUAGAGGAGGACGCGGAGGCGCUGGAAAAGGAGCUACGGGAAGCCUUCAGGCUCUACGAUAAGGAAGGUAACGGCUACAUCCCAACAACGUGCUUACGCGAAAUCCUAAGAGAAUUGGACGAUCAGUUGACGAACGAGGAGUUGGACAUGAUGAUCGAGGAAAUCGACUCUGACGGCUCCGGUACAGUUGAUUUUGACGAGUUUAUGGAGAUGAUGACCGGUGAAUAAUUAUUCUGAACGAAUGGUGAACUGCUUUUGGAUCUAAAGACACUUUUGCAAUCCAUACGAUCAUUACGUCUUGAAACUAAUCAUUCACGUGUUUGUGAUGAAUCAAUGCACACCGACUUUAUUAUUCGCACAUAGAUAUUUUUUACAUUUCGUGAUUAGUUUCAGAAGCAAAUUCUUGUCGCAUCACAAAUGAAUUAUUUCCUGCUUUUAUACAUACGUCAUAUUUAUUAUAAACCAAUGAAUUUUACUUUCAUACACUUACAUAAGGUUUGGAAACUUUUUCAUUAAGAAAUCAGUAUACACAUAUUGUUAAUAAUUGUUGUAAUAAAACGAAGAUAAAAGUCUCAUAUCUUCUGUUAUUUAACAAUAUAAAACAUCACUUUCCUCGUGUUUAUACGAACAGAAAAUUUCUACUACUUCUCCACCUGGCCCAAGAUCAACUUUUCUUUUCAGAUACCUAUACUUGAACAAUUUUUUCAUUCUGUUUCAACUGAAACUUAAUAAUUUUCAUAUACAAAGCACGUCCUAUUGUGUGUUAUCAUAGUGCAGUAAUUUUGAAUAACAAUUAUUAACGUAUUUAUAGAGAAAUUAAAUAAUUGAAUAUUUAUUUCUCUAGAUGUUUUAGUUAAGUAUAUACUUUUUCUUUUCCGUUUUGAAUAUGUGAUACAUAAUAAAAUCCUCUAUUUUUAGAUUAUGACUUCUAACAAUUUUCAUGCUACUAAAAGUACUAAGGUAAAAAUACCAAAAAUAAUCAUAUUUAACGUAUUCUAAAUGUAUUGUAGUUUAUUUGAAUAGUUAGAUUUAUAGAUAGCAGUUUAUUUGAAUAGUUAGAUUUAUAGAUAAACUUUUUUUAGCUGUGGAAGAAAAGAGAAAGAGCAACAUUUUAUAAGAUGGUUACGGGCUAAACUUUUUAUUUAUUUAACAUUCAGGUAUAAUCACAUUAAAUUUGAGAUUCCUUUAUAAUUGACAUGAUAGUUGCAAACAUAACGUAGAAUAACAUGCUUCAAAAAAUAUAGUCGCUAAUUAUAGACUAGCAAGUUUACAGAUUGUAGAGUGGCACCUAAUAAGUCUUAGAAGUCCGAAUUUUUAUCUAGAAAUUUUUCAUGAUGAAAACGCAAACUAACAGUAUUUAACAAAAAAGUAUUGGUAUCCAUGAAAAAUAUGAUAAGCUAGAAUUUUUUAUAAUUCCUAUGACUUAGAAUAUUGUGUUCUGACAUAUAUGUAUAUAUAUAUAUGUAUAUAGACGUGGACUAGACUACACUUUAUGGAGAAACAAUACUAAUAAUUAAUUUUACUUGCCCAUCUCUUUUAACAAUACACACAGAGAUGUAUGUAUCAGCUGUAUGUGUUUAUAUUAAAGUUUAUCUCAA